GUGUUCAAACGCUUCGUCGAGAUCGGCAGAGUGGCCUUCAUUUCCUUCGGGCCACAUGCUGGCAAGCUGGUGGCCAUUGUGGAUGUUAUUGACCAAAACAGGGCGCUGGUGGAUGGCCCCUGCAGCGGUGUCAGAAGGCAGGCUAUGCCCUUCAAGUGCAUGCAGCUGACUGACUUUGUUCUCAAAUUCCCACACAGUGCUCGUCAGAAGUGUGUGCGCCUCGCCUGGGAGAAGGAAAAUAUAAAUGAAAAAUGGGCAGCGACAAGAUGGGCCAAGAAGAUUGAAGCCCGAGAAAAGAAAGCCAAGAUGACCGACUUCGAUCGCUACAAGGUGAUGAAAGCAAAGAAGAUGAGAAACAGGAUCAUCAAGCACGAAAUGAAGAAGCUCCAGAAGAUGGCUUCUAAGAAAGGCAAGAAGCUGGAGAAGCCGGAGAAGGCGCCCAAGUCGGAGAAAGCGCCCAAGUCGGAGAAAGCGCCCAAGUCGGAGAAGGCGCCAAAGGCACAGAAGGCGCAGAAAUAA